CAGCCCAGAGAAAAACAUCUCUCCACUGCUGAAUGGUCUCCUGUGAAGGAAGUGAGUCACAUGCCAUAUAGGCUGUAAUGAAGAAAACUGUGGCUCUUCCAAUAAUGGAUGUGAGUACUGCCUGUCACACCUGCAGCCUACUUCUCUCUGUCACGUCCUAGAUUCAAGCCCCUUGACGUCCUGCCUUACCGUGGCCUGUGGAGCAGAUAAAGUAUGACGGUUGAACGAGCAUGUCUGCUGUCGUCGUCUUAAGAGUUUUCAGUUCUGCAAUGUUUACGCCUCGGCUUCAGAGCCAGCCUUCCACAACAAGAUGCAGCAAAACAGGUGCAUGUGAAAUUCAAUGCAACAGUCUGUUUCCCAGUCUCUGUACCUAAGACUACAAGGCUACCAAUGAAGUGCAAAGAAAUGGCGGUGUAUGCACCAUCAUGAUAAUUGCUAUUUUGCUAGCUUCUUCCAUGAUGUAGCUAAUAUUUCACUCCUGGUCUUGAGUGUCAGAGACACUGUGCGUGUGGACACUGACAGUGAAAUGGACUGUCUGACAACUCUGUGAUUGUAAGGAUGGAGUCUCCGUGCAAAGGCUUGGGAAUACAUUCAGCCACUCCAACAGGAGACUCUUCUUAUCUCCCCUGAUAACAUGUCGUCAGUUCCCAGCCUCUGUACCCGACAUGGUUCCUCUGCAUGAUGCCUCUCUUCGCCAGGCUUGCAGCGACAGUAGAACAGGUCUUGGAAGAAAGCAGUCACAGUUGAUGCUUCGUUGAUGCUUCCUACCAGAGAUUGUCCUGAAGACAUUUUUUAUUUUUUAUUUAACCUUUAUUUAACCAGGAAGGGCCCAUUGAGAUUUGAAAUCUCUUUUUCAAGAGCGUCCUGGCCAAGAUAGGCGGCACCAAGUCAUUACCCAAUUAAAGACAGACAACAUGAAAAACUACAGGCAAUCUAGUAAGAAAAAACAUAGAAUUCGCAAGAGUUUAACAAAAUCAUAAAACAGCAACUAAAAACAUUGACAGGUCAGGGAACAAGCCUCAAAAUCCUUCAUCAAUGAUUCAAAAACACUGAUGGGAAAAAGACUACUCUGCAUGGAAAAGCUGACCACUGCUUUCAGAUCAGAUCAGAUGUUGAAGGUGGAAGAGGAGGCCAUUGAUAAAUUAUUCGAGAGGGGGCGGGAGACGAUGACAGAGGCCUGGUCCAGAUUGUUGGGGAUGUCCAAUGAGGUUGACGCGGGGGACUAUGGGCCAAUGAAGCGGCUCAGUACCAUGUUUUCAACCCUCCAUGAUAAGCUACACCGAGACCGGAGUGAUAGGGAUUUGACCCUGCCUCAGCCUACUGCCCCAGCCCUCGCGGUGACCUCUUUCUUUGAGUACCUGGUGGUGGUCAGCCUAGCGAAGAAGAGGGGGCAAGGGACGUAUGAACCCCAGAUCACAUAUCAGUUUCCCAAGCUAGCUAAUAUGGGGCGCUCACAGAGAGAGGAAGAAGAGAAGUCCCUGAAAGCCAUCCUCCUUUUCUGUUUCCCAGAGGGGGUCAACUGGGCCCCCCUCACUGAAUACCCCAGUGAGACCUUCUCCUUUGUUCUGACGGAGGUCGACGGCAGUAGGAGGAAUGGCUACUGCAGGAGGUUACUGCCUCAUGGCAAAGGGGCGCGGGCUCCAGAGGCCUAUUGCAUCAUCAGCCGGGUGGCCUGCUUUGGACUCUUCUCUAAGAUCUUUGAUGAGGUGGAGAAGCGCCGGCAGAUCUCUAUGGCGAUGAUCUAUCCAUUCAUGCAGAGCCUGAGGGAGGCGCCGUUCCCUGCUCCUGGAAACACUGUCAAGAUCAAGAGCUUCAUUCCAGAGUCUGGAACAGAGAUCAUCAGUUUGACGAGGCCGUUGGACUCAUGGUUGGAGCAUGUGGAUUUCCGGACACUGUUCCGCUGUCUCACAAAUGAGGAGGUGCUGAAGGUGUUUGCGUCCACCGUGCUUGAACGACGAAUCAUCUUCAUGGCUGAAGAACUCAGUACCCUGUCCCAGGUGCUGCAUGCAGUUGUGGCGCUGCUCUACCCGUUCACAUGGCAACACACCUUCAUCUCCAUCGUUCCCUCAGUGCUGAUUGAUGUCGUCAUGGCACCCACUCCCUACCUACUUGGUGUCCAAAGGAACAAACUGGAUGAUGUCAUCGACCAGAGCGAUAUGCUCAUUGUGGAUCUGACAGAAGGAGCAGAGAACACCUUCAUAACCUGUAUAGGAGACGAGAGCACCAUCCUACCAGAGAAACUACAGGAGGAGCUUCUCCAGGCCUUGUGUUGCAGAAGAGACAACUCCACCUCAGAGGAGUUAAACAAGGUGGUCUCAGAGGCCUUCCUCUCCUUCUUUGUGAAGACGGUGGGUCACUUCUCCUCCCAUGUCAAAGGCAGCAGUGGUAGGAAGCCCGGAGUGUUCCAGAAGAAGAGCUUCUGCAAGGCCUCCGAGGACAAGGCCAGCCAACAUUUUGUCAAGCGUUUUAUCCAGACACAGAUGUUUGACAUCUUCAUACAGGAAGUGGAGAGACGGCCCACACAGGAAGGAUUCUUCCACAAAAAGAUUGCGGAGUACCAAGAGAGUAAGAAGAAGGAGAAAGCAAAGAGAGGACAAUUACCAAAAACACACCACCAGGCUGUGUAAGGACUAUUUGACCAAGGAGAGUGAUGGAGUGCUGCAUCAGAUGACCUGCCUCCACAAUCACCUGACCUCAACCCAAUAGAGAUGUUUUGGGAAUAGUUGGACCGCUGAGUAAAGGAAAAGCAGCCAACAAGUGCUCAGCAUAUGUGGGAACUCCUUCAAGACUGUUCGAAAAGCAUUCCAGGUGAAGGUGGUUGAGAGAAUGCCAAGAGCGUGCAAAGCUGUCAUCAAGGCAAAGGGUGGCUACUUUGAAGAAUCUCAUUUUGAUUUGCUGAACAUUUUUUGGGGUUACUACAUGAUUAUUUCAUAGUUUUGAUGUCUUCACUAUUCUACAAUGUAGAAAAUAGUAAAAAUAAAGAAAUCCUUGAAUGAGUA